UGUUCAUAUAUACGAUACGAGAGACAGGGAAGGAGUGUCUGGUGUGUGAGCAAAAUCAAAAUGUGGGCAAGCGCCGCAGAAGGUGGUGCUCCGGAGGUGACUCUGGAAACUUCCAUGGGUUCUUUCACCUUUGAGCUGUACUACAAGCAUGCGCCGAGGACUUGUAGGAACUUCAUUGAACUGUCUCGCCGAGGUUACUACGACAACGUUAAAUUCCAUAGGAUCAUUAAGGACUUCAUAGUACAAGGUGGGGAUCCCACUGGAACAGGAAGAGGAGGAGAAUCCAUAUAUGGUGCAAAGUUUGAAGAUGAGAUUAAACGAGAGUUGAAGCACACUGGAGCUGGAAUCUUAUCCAUGGCAAAUGCUGGCCCAAACACCAAUGGUAGUCAGUUCUUUAUUACUCUGGCUCCAUGCCCCUCUCUCGAUGGAAAACACACGAUAUUUGGAAGAGUGUGUAGGGGGAUGGAAAUUAUGAAAAGACUUGGCAGCAUCCAAACAGAUAACAACGAUAGGCCCAUCCAUAACGUGAAGAUACUACGUACUUCAGUCAAGGAUUGAAAUGAAUCGCAUGACAUUGCCAUGACGGGAAAUGUUAAGACUCAUUGAUGAAUCUUCAGAACUGUCAAUUGUAUUUUUAUGUACUAAUCACUAAUACGGGGAAGACAAUGUACUUUUUUUCAGGACUAUUUUUUUGACCUGCAGUGUUGAGACUAUUUAUUACAGAGCAAGAAACUUGAACUUUAUGUGGAUAGCCCUGGUGCAAUUUUAUUCAUGAACACAACGUAGAGAAGUGGUUCUCGAAUGUGAGUUUAGACUUAAA